CCUCUCUUCCUCCUCCCAUUCCUCCUCCUUCUGCAACCCACAUAAACACCAUGACCAAGACGGCCGCCGGCUGCUCCGGCCACCUUCUCCGCGGCCUCCUCGUUGCCGUCGCCGCCGCCGCCUGCCUGGCCCUGUCCGCCCGCGCGUCGGCCUCCUCGCCCCUCGACUUCGCGGCCGCCGUCAUGCCGUACUCCGCCGGCGAGUGCGGGGGCUCGUUCGCCGAGUGCCUCGUCGGCGGCGGGGAGUGGGGGUGGGGGGAGGAGGAGGAGCUGGCGAUGGACUCGGAGACGAACCGGCGCAUCCUGGCGGCGCGCCGCUACAUCAGCUACGGCGCGCUGAGGCGGAACGCCGUCCCCUGCUCCAGGCGCGGCGCGUCGUACUACAACUGCCGACCCGGAGCUCCGGCCAACCCCUACUCGCGCGCGUGCAGCAGGAUCACCGGCUGCCGGGGCUGAAGUGAAGGACGGUGGAAAGGUUAACGAGGGUUUGACUUUUUUUAUUUUCGCUUUCGAAAAAUUCUGAAUAUAUUUAUUUCCUCUUUUAUGUAAGUUUUUAAGUAGGAAAUUUAAAUUUAAUGUGGGUUUUUGCGAAUUAUUAUUCGAAAUAAGGGGGGCGUAUUUAUACGUAGGAGGGUAUUAUUGGGUUUUCAUCUUUGGCGCAAGGUCUUUUCUAUAUAUACAAUAUAUUUUUUUUUUGGUUCUGGUGUAAAAUGGAGCGCGUGCACAUUAAUAAAUUUAUGUAUUUUUUUUUG